AUGGAGCCCCUUCAAAGGUUGUUCGAGGUGGCUAUGGCUAGAGGUCUGGUGUCACCCCUGGCGCGUGUUGGCAUGAGGAAACGUCUCUCUAUCUUUGCUGAUGACGUGGUGCUAUUUAUCAAGCCAAAUCCAAUGGACCUUGAGAAAAAAAAGAAAGAGCGAGAGCUUACUGUCAUUCACCUGGCAACCUCGAUCAUGGCUUCUAUGGCUCUGAAAUCAUCUCCAUCGCCAUUUUCUGGGCAGUCGCAGCUCCAGCGCAUCCAGCCUUCAACACUAGUAAUGUCCAAAAAGGCAAAGAAAGUUCAGAGUUCUCAGCCUUUCGGGCCCGGGGGAGGAUUGGAAUUGAAAGAUGGUGUUGAUGCAUCUGGAAGGCCAGCCAAGGGGAAGGGCGUCUACCAGUUUGCCAGCAAGUAUGGAGCAAAUGUUGAUGGGUACAGCCCAAUAUAUAACCCAGAAGAAUGGUCUCCAAGUGGUGACUACUAUGCGGGAGGAAAGACAGGGUUGUUGCUCUGGGUGGUUACUCUUGCUGGAAUUCUGCUGGGUGGUGCUCUGCUUGUUUACAAUACUAGUGAUUUGGCUUCUUGA